AUGGCUGGGACACAGCAACUAUCAUGGCUGUGCUACAUUCUUCUUUUUCUUCUGGUGGAACUACAAGGAGAGCCAAGGGACACAGCACAACGACGAAACAAAAUGAACCUCAGCAAUGACCAACCACGCAUGCUGUCGGAUAACGGUCACCUUGUCUUCAUCACUGGGGAAAAUAAAGAGAUCCGCUUCCAGACAGGCCAAGUUAAAGUGGGUGAUGAAGACCUAACCCUACUUUUGAGUCAGAUCAAAACUAACAAAGAGGACAUUGAUAACAUUAAGUCUCAUGGAGGUGGAGUUCCCCCUGAUAUCACCAACAAACUACACCACCUCAAUACUACGGUGGCCACACUUGAGAACAAAGUAACUGCACUUGAAUCGGCAGUGCAGAGGGUGUCUUGCAACAGUAAUCCCUGUCAAAAUGGAGGGUCAUGUUUGAAUCUUUUCAACUCAUACCACUGUUUGUGUCCUGAAAACUGGGCAGGUCCUAACUGUGCAACAGAUCUGAAUGAAUGUCAAAUGCAUUCAGGGACAUUUCAGGGUUGUCAGAAUGGAGCAACCUGUGUCAACACCGCUGGCUCUUUUACUUGUAACUGUUCUCCAGAGUGGUCUGGGGUUCUAUGCUCUGUGCGUUAUGAUGAUUGCAGAAAUGCAGGCCAGGACUUAUGUGAGCGUGGCAUAUGUAUUGAUGCAGACCGGAUUAUAGCUGGACAGCCUAGAUACCAGUGCAUCUGUGAAAGUGGCUGGGAAGCUCCAGCUGGGAACCCAGCCUGUGUAGCUGAUGUUAAUGAGUGUAACCUGCCCAUCAAGCCUUGCUCCACCAACCCAGCAGUUAACUGCUACAACACUCAAGGCUCCUUCUACUGCGGAUCCUGUCCUGCUGGCUGGCAAGGCAAUGGUUACAGCUGUCAGGAUUUGGAUGAAUGUUUGACCAAUAAUGCCGGCUGCUCCACCACUCCGAUGGUGCAAUGCCUGAACACUAUGGGAUCCUUCCACUGUGGUUCCUGCCCUCAAGGUUACGAGGGGGAUGGGAGAACAUGCACCCAGACCAGUAUCUGUGCCACCAACAAUGGAGGAUGUUACCCAUUAGCUACAUGCUCCUCCAACCCAGGUUCAAGCUUCCCGAUAUGUAACUGUCCUUCAGGCUACACAGGCAAUGGUUAUGGACCAACAGGUUGCACCCAGACCAGCAACAUCUGUCAGACCAACAACCCUUGUGUCAAUGGACAGUGUGUGGCCACCACCUCGGCUCCUGGCUACAUCUGCAUUUGCAACUCAGGCUGGCAAGGAGCUAACUGUGACCAGAACAUCAAUGAAUGCUCAAGCAAUCCCUGUCAAAACGGAGGAACCUGCACUGAUGGCACGAAUGGAUUCACAUGCACUUGCACUGCCCAAUGGACUGGCCCAAUCUGCCAGACCUCACAGCAAGAGUGUGGAGGAUACCUGACUGGCCCUGCAGGCUCCUUCAGUUAUCCCAACACUCCAGGUCAUGAUGAAUACGAUCACCAAGUCAAUUGUGCCUGGGUGAUCCGCACUGACCCAGAUCAGAUUCUGCGCAUUACCUUUCCUUUCUUUCAUCUGGAGAGCAGUGCCAACUGCAUCUUUGACUUCCUUCAGAUUCAUGAUGGGGACAGUGCUUCUGCUUACAUAAUUGGCAAAUACUGUGGCCAAAAUAAUCCCCAGGAGGUCUACAGUUCCCACAAUUCCUUGUAUUUCUGGUUUCGCUCUGACCACUCUGUCAGUGCUGGUGGCUUCACAAUUACUUGGCAGUCUCAUGAACCAGUGUGUGGAAGUGAACUAACUUCUCCCUAUGGCAACCUUAACUCACCUGGUUACCCUGGAAACUACCCACCGAGCCGGGACUGCUAUUGGACGGUGAUAGUGGAGCCCAAUAAGCUAAUUACUUUUGCUUUUGGGACUCUCAGUCUGGAACAUCACCCUGACUGCAACUAUGACUUCUUAGAGAUCCGGGACGGUCUACUACCUGAAGACCCAGUUUUGGGGAAAUAUUGCAGUACUGCAUCACCUCCACCCCUGCAGACAACCGGUCCAGCUGCAUGGAUCCACUUCCACUCCGACUUCAGUGUCUCUGACAGAGGAUUCCACAUCACAUACACAACAUCGCCAAGUGACCCCGGAUGUGGUGGUACCUUCACCGACAGUGAGGGCAUCAUCAUCUCCCCCAACUGGCCAAACGACUAUGCCCAUAACCGCCAGUGUAUCUAUUUGAUAAGGUUGCCACUUGGUGAGAGGGUGGCCCUCAACUUCACUCACAUGAACCUGGAGAGUCACAGUGGAUGUGCUUUUGACUAUGUGGAGGUUCGUGAUGGCAGGAUGGAGACUGAUCCUCUGAUAGGGAGGUACUGUGGGAGCUCCCUGCCGGCUCCAAUGGUCUCAUCGUCCAACUUUCUGUGGAUUCGCUUCAGGUCUGACAGUUCAGUCAGCCGAGCUGGUUUCAGGGCUGUCUAUACCGUUGCUUGUGGUGGUACUUUGUCUGGGACUGGGCAGAUACGCUCUCCAUACCACCCCAAUGCCUAUCCCCACAACAAGGUCUGUGAGUGGGUCAUCAACCAGGCAGAGGGCUAUGUGGUCACCCUCAACUUCCUGUCAUUUGACAUUGAGGGAGGGACUUGUCGUCUUGACUUCGUUGAGGUGAGAGACGGUCCCACAUCUAGCUCUCCUCUGCUGGGGACAUUCUGUGGUGUUGAGAUUCCCCCCAGGCUCCAGUCAUCUCAAAGAUCUAUGUAUAUCAAAUUCAAGACUGACUCGUCCGUCAGCAACCAUGGCUUUGAAGCAGCCUAUAGCUCUGGCUUGCAGGGCUGUGGUGAUACCCUGACCAGUCCCUCAGGCACCAUUACAAGCCCUGGCCACCCCACCAACUACCCCCACGGUGCCAACUGUACCUGGUACAUCAGUGUUUCUCCAGGCAACCUGGUUCGGCUGUCGUUUGAGUCCUUCAACUUGGAGUACCACAGUAACUGUAACUUUGAUUACCUGGAGGUCUAUGACAAUGGCACUGUGCAGAGUGGAACCAAGAUUGGCAGGUACUGUGGGCGUUCAGUGCCUCCUUCCAUCACCAGUACUGACAGCCUGCUGACCCUGCUGUUUGUGACUGAUUCAAGUCUAGGCACAGAGGGAUUUUCUGCCAGCUAUGUCUCCCUCAAUGCUACCACAGAUUGUAGUGACACCUUCACCACAACUACAGGGUCCUUCAGUUCACCCAAUUACCCUAACUACUACCCCAACAACAGAGACUGCAUCUUCAAGAUCACUGUGCAGGUCAACAUGCAGAUUUUGAUGAACUUCACCAACUUUGAGUUGGAGGGUUCACCUCCUUCUUGUAGCUAUGACUUUGUUGAGAUCAGGGAUGGUGGUUAUGAGACAUCCCCCUUAAUUGGUAAGUUCUGUGCCAGUCAGAGUCCUCCAGUGCUGGUAUCCCAUAGCAACCGCCUUUGGAUUAGAUUCCAUUCCGAUUCCACUGUCACACGUGGUGGAUUCAUAGCCCACUGGGAUGGCUCACAGACUGGCUGUGGAGGGACAUUGGCAACUGCAUCUGGGGCAUUUUCCUCCCCUAACUACCCCCUGGCCUAUCACCCUAAUGCUGAGUGCUACUGGAACAUCAGAACGAGCCAAGGCAGCCAGCUCCUUCUCUCUUUUUCCGAAUUCCACCUGGAGUCCAGCUCCAGCUGCUCUUUCGAUUACCUUGCUGUAUAUGAUGGUAACAACAGCAAUGCUCUAGAGCUUGCCAAGUUGUGUGGCAAUCAGCUGCCCAGCAUCAUCAACUCUUCGACAAAUCAGCUUUUCAUCAAACUACGCACUGACAGCAGCAUCAGCAGUGGAGGCUUCCUUGCAUCCUACACCUCUAAAUGCCGUAGCAUGCUAAUUUCAGGCCAACAUGCAGGAGUGGUGGAGUCACUAAACUUUCCCAACAACUACCCACCCAACUCUCAGUGCAGCUGGACCAUCCAGGCCAGCAUUGGAAACACCAUUAACUACACCUUUACUUCCUUUCAACUGGAGGCCUCUGACAUUUGCAACUUUGACUACAUCAAGCUCUAUGAUGGAUCUGACGAGAAUGCUCCUCUUAUUGGUACAUUCUGUGGAUACCGCCCUCCCACCGCCAACAGCACCUCAAGCUCAGCCAUCACAAUGGUGUUCAGAACAGACUCCACUGUGUCCAUGUCUGGCUUCCAGAUGAUGUGGUACCAGAAUGGUUGUGGUGGAGAGCUCUCUGGUCCCAGUGGCUCCUUUAACAGCCCAGACUUCCCCAACCGGUAUCCAGAAAACAGAGAAUGUAUCUGGUAUAUCAACACAUCACCUGGCAGCAGCAUAACCCUCACCAUCCAUGAGUUUGAUGUGGAGUUCCACCAAGACUGCAGCUACGAUGUGCUGGAAGUGUAUGGAGGCCCCGACCUGUCAGCCCCUCAGCUAUCCAAACUCUGCAGCACCACAUCUAGCCCAAUACAAGUCUCUAGCACUGGUAACCUGCUCACAGUGCGCUUCAUGUCUGAUGCCUAUGUCAGUGGUCGAGGUUUUAAUGCAAGCUGGGCUGAAGUCCCAGGAGGUUGUGGGGGCCCAGUCACUGCUCCAUCAGGGGAAAUCCAUUCGCCGUUGUAUCCCAGCAGUUAUCCCAAUAAUGUGGACUGUUCCUGGGUCAUCAGUGUAGAUUCCCACCAUCGUGUUCUCUUCAAUUUCUCCGACCUGGACAUUGAACAUCAUAGCAACUGCUCCUGGGACUAUGUGGUUGUUCAUGAUGGUCCAACCAUAUCAUCUCCUCUUCUUGCCCGUGUGUGUGGCACCAGUCUUCCUCCCUCCAUUACCUCAACCCAGAAUACUAUUACUGUUCGCUUUCGGUCUGACUCCAGUCGCAGUCACCGUGGGUUUAGUGCUCACUUCUCCGAGGCCUGUGGUUCAACAAUAAUUACAGACAAUGAGGGUGGAGCCAUUGCAUCACCUCGGUACCCAGCACCAUACCCAGCCAAUCAGAACUGUAGCUGGAUCAUCAGAGCACAGGAACCAUUCAACCAUGUGACCCUGUCAUUUACGGAUUUUGAGUUAGAAAUGAUAUACUCCAACUGCUCCCAUGAUGCUGUGGAGAUCCUGGAUGGAGACAACUACCAGGCGCCAUCUAUAGGGCGCUAUUGUGGCCUUGAAAUACCUCACCCGCUGACAUCCUUCAGUAACUCCUUGGUGGUCAAUUUCAUCUCAGACCACUCCGUCUCCAGAAAAGGUUUCAGAGCCACCUACUCGGCUUCCACAUCUAGUUGUGGAGGAGAUCUGGUGAUGGAGAGUGGUGCAUUUAACAGUCCCAACUAUCCAGAUGCUUAUCCGCCUAAUGUGGAAUGUGUGUGGACCAUCAAAAGCUCACCAGGAAACCGUCUUCAGCUCUCAUUUAUUAUCUUUCACCUGCAGGGAGACUCUGACUGUAACAAUGACUAUCUAGAAAUAAGAGAGGGCAACUCCACUGGAUCUGUGGUUGGUCGCUUCUGUGGGAACUCGCUCCCUUCCAACUACACCUCUGUGAUUGGACACAUCCUGUGGGUUAAGUUUGUCUCAGAUGCGUCAAUUAGUGGAGAAGGAUUCAGAGCGACCUUCUCACACUUGUAUGGUAAUGAUCUGAUGGGAGAGUUUGGUCAGAUAGCAUCCCCACUGUAUCCCAGAACAUACCCAAAUAAUGCAGACUACUACUGGACCAUAACUGUAGAGGGAGACAGCUACAUUCAGAUCCGUUUCUUGGACAUGGACAUUGAGGACCAGUAUGAAUGCUACUACGACCACCUCAAGAUCUUUGAUGGCUCCAGUGUUCAUUACUAUCCGAUCGGAACAUUCUGUGGUCUGGAUUUGCCCCUGGUCGUGAGGAGUUCUGGCAGCACUGUCACCCUGCAGUUCAAAUCAGAUUCAGUGAUUGGAGGACGAGGCUUCCUUGUUGAAUGGAGUGCAGUCCAGGACUCUGGACCACCACCCACUAUUUCACCAGGUUCAUGUGGUGGAAUGCUAAUAGCAGGAGAGACUCCUGGCUUCUUCUAUUCUCCUGGUUGGCCUGAAGACUACUCACUUAACCAGGAGUGUACCUGGUUGAUUCGUUCUCCAGACUCGAUUGUAGAGUUUAACAUCUUGUCCCUGGACAUGGAGGACUACCCCAGUUGCUUUUUUGACAGCCUGGUUAUUAGAGAUGGUGCAACCAGUAUAUCCCCUGUGCUGGCUACUGUGUGUGGUCGAGACCCCCCAGGUCCUCUACACUCGACAGGAGAUUCCAUGUUCAUUCACUUUUCCUCAGACAGCAGCGUCAGUGGCCGAGGCUUUAAUGCCUCCUACUCCAGAGGUUGUGGUGGUCUUUUGCAUGUAGACAGGGGUGUGGUGAGCAGCCCGCACCACCCCCAGAACUACAUGCCUGGUCUGAACUGUAGCUGGAAUGUGAUGGUGACACCUGGCUUCAGGGUUUCUGUCACCUUCCAGAGCCCCUUCCAGAUUCAAGGCUAUGGAAAUGGGUGCAGCUCAGGAGACUUCCUUGAGCUUAGGAAUGGUCCAGAUGGCUCUUCUCCAUUACUGGGCCAACGUCUAUGUGGUACAAGUCCCCCAUCCCUUCUCCAGACAACUGACAACCACCUCUUCAUUCACUUUAUGUCGGAUGGCAGUAAUGAGGCCAGUGGCUUUGAGCUGAUCUUUGAGGCCCACAGUCAGGCAUGUGGAGGCUUCAUUAAGCUGAAUGACAAUGAUCCUCCAGGGUACAUAAGUUCACCCAACUAUCCUCAAAACUACCCCCAGAACAUAGACUGUAUCUGGGUCAUCACUGUCCCCCGAGAAGCUGUCCAAAUAGACUUUCAGGAUGAAUUCUACAUUGAGCCCACAGCACAAUGUAUGUACGACUACUUGGAGGUGCGUGAUGGCUCUAUAACCAAUGCUGACCUAAUUUCCCGACUGUGUGGCAAUACCCGACCAUCUACCCAGCAUUCAACAGGUUCCUCCAUGCUACUCAGGUUUCGAACUGACACAAGUGUCACACAUAAAGGAUUCAAGGCAAAGUACUCCAAAGCAACAUGCGGGGGUACCUACUUAGGUCAGAGUGGUAUGGUCUACAGCCCUGGCCUCCCAGGGUACAAUUAUCCUGACAGCUCCAACUGUGAGUGGUACCUGGAGGGACCCACAGGGCACUACCUCACCCUUAGCUACGGAAACUUCAGCCUGCAGACCAGUCAAGGAUGCUCUGCUGACUAUGUCGAGAUCAGAGAGUACAAUGCCUCAGGGCGCCUACUGGGCCGACACUGUGGCAGUCACCUUCCAGCCUCUGUGGACACAUCUGACAGUUUUGCUUACGUCAGGUUUGUCAGUGACACCAGUGGAAACGCAGCCGGCUUUAGUCUGUCAUUUGAAGCCAGCGUUGAAGCCUGUGGAGGCGAGCUGAAUGCUCCCUCAGGAACUAUCUCCUCUCCCAAUUAUCCCAACCUGUACCCACACAGCAGGGUGUGUCACUGGGAGAUGAUAGUACCACCAGGCCGUCGGGUCACACUCACGAUUAAUGACCUACGGCUAGAAGAUUCGGGUUCUUCCUGUGUAUUUGACUAUGUUGAUGUACUGAAUGGGUUGACAGACAAUGCACCUCGCCUACAGCGAUUAUGUGGUACAGUAACAGCAGGCACCCAGGUGCGCUCUUCCGGAAAUACCAUGACUGUCGUGUUCCACACGGACGCGUCCGAGUCUAAUGGUGGCUUCAUGGCUUUUUACUCCUCUGAGGAGCCUGCAGAGUGUGGUGGAGUCCUGGACAACCCAGCAGGCGGAAACUUCACUUCCCCUGGGUACCUGGUGUCCAACUACAGUAACAACCUCAACUGUGAAUGGCUGAUCCGGAACACUCUGCACAUUAAUUCCUCUAUUGUGGUGCUCAUAGAAGACCUGCACCUUGAGACUCAUCAGACUUGUGAGUCAGACUACCUCCAGUUCCGUUUAGGUAACGCAGACGGGGAGCUGUUGGCCACGUUUUGUGGGCAGACCACCCCCAUUAUUCCAAUUGUGGUCUUUACACCAGAACUCUGGGUCCAAUUCCAGACUGACACCUCCCAGGGAGACUUGGGCUUCAAGGCCAAAUACUUGUUCUCUGAAUGUGGAGGAUGGCAGUCAGGUGAGGGAGGGGUGUUAUCCAGUCCUAACUACCCCAGUAUCUACCCCAACCCCAGUCGCUGUGCUUGGCUGCUAGAGGCUCCAGUGGGCCACACGAUUACGCUAACCUUCAGCUACUUCAACUUGGAGCCCCACUCUACAUGUGGCUGGGACUCUGUCACCAUCUUCAAUGGAGGAUCCCCUGGCUCCCCUAUUAUCGGCCAGUACUGUGGGAACACCUCCCCAGGAAGCAUCCAGUCAGGAUCCAACAAACUUGCUGUCGUCUUUCUAGCAGACCACAGCGUGUCCUUAGGAGGAUUUACAGCUUCCUGGUCGGCUGAUUCGUCAGGGUGUGGAGGGGUGAUCCAUGCUGACUCUGGAACAAUCAAGUCUCCAAACUAUCCUCAGAACUUCCCUGCCAAUGUUGAGUGUUCUUGGCAGAUCAUUGCCCAUGAGGGAAACCAUCUGCAGAUGAGCUUCAACAGUGAUUUCCAGAUUCCAGACAACACUGGGACCUGUCAGAACGGUUACAUCAAGGUGUGGUCAGGUCAGACCCAAAAUCCUGAGGCUCUGCUGUCAACAGGCUGUGACUCGGUGGCCCCAGGCCCUAUCAUUACUCCAUAUAACAUCAUUACAAGCCGAUUCCAGGCUACAGAAGCAACCGGCAGAGGCUUCUCUGCCACCUACAGCACCAGAUGUGGCGCAAACUUCACUGCUCCCAACGGACGUGUAGUUUCUCCAAAUUAUCCAGCUGACUACCCUGAAAGGUCCAACUGCAACUACACCAUAGAUGCUGGAGAACAGACAGUGGUCGUCGUCAUUUUUCAGGUCUUCCAAGUUGAAGCACACUCUACCUGUCAGUAUGAUGGGCUGAAGAUCUACAGCCUGGCUACAAGUGGCCCUCCUAUUGCUACGUUGUGUGGCACAAACAUCCCAGGGUCCUUCUCCACCUUUGGUCCCAUGUUACUCCAUUUCUACUCUGACUCUGUGAUUAACUACAGUGGCUUCAUGGCAGAAUACAGAGCCAUUCCAUGUGGUGGUCUCUUCAACAGCACUAUGGGAACAGUGAGCAGUCCAGCACUCUCCAUGACCAACUACCACCACAACAUCAACUGUACCUACCAUAUAAUGGUCCCGACAGACAGAGUGGUGGAUCUCAAGUUUAACACCUUCCAUCUGGAGGCAUCUUCUUCCUGUCGCUAUGACUUUGUGGCAGUUUUUGAUGGACAGGACACCCUGUCGCCCUUGCUGGGGAAAUACUGUGGUGCAGUGCUACCACCCAAUCUGCGCUCCUCUACCAACCAGUUAUUUAUUGUCUUUAGGACAGAUGCCUCAGUGAAUGGGAUUGGCUGGAGAGCUACCUACAGUGAGACACUUGGUGCAGCACAGGGAUGUGGUGGCUACCUGUCCAUGCCGCUGGGCAUGUUUGGUUCUCCAGAUCCAAACCUGGAUGGACGCUAUGAGCCAAGGAUGGACUGCCUGUGGACCAUUGAGAUGCCAGUCAACAGGGCUAUCAACCUGACCUUCAACUCUUUCCAGCUGGAGAACUCCUCUCCUUGCCGUUAUGAUUAUGUCAAAGUGUAUGAUGGUGACAAUAUUAAUUUCCCUCUAGUUGGGACAUUUUGCGGAAACUCCAUUCCUGCCUUUUUUAUUUCGAGUGCAAACUUCCUGACCAUUCAUUUUGUCACGGAUAGCUCUGUGCAGCUUCAAGGCUUCAAUGCUACCUACAGAGCUGUUCCAUUGCUCUGUGGCGGGACUCUGAAUGCAUCAACCACCAUGGAGACCCUGACCUCACCCUCCUUCCCCAAUGCCUAUCCUCCUUACACCUCCUGCCGCUGGAUCCUGGAUGCUCCAGCCCAGGAAACGAUCCAGCUGUCAUUCCAGAACUUUGCAUUCCAACCCAGCCAGAGCUGCUCCACAAACUUCCUGGAGAUGAGGGACUGGCCUAUGGGAGACUAUGGCCAGUCACUCAAGUUCUGUGCAUCUGAUGGUCAUCCACCAGACUUCUACAGUAACACCAGAACACUCCAUGUGUAUUUCAAAUCUGACAGCUUCAUGUCAGGAAAUGGCCUGCGUUUCACCUAUCAGAUCGCCAGCUGUAGUCGAACCUAUGAACAAGAAUAUGGCUACCUAAAGAGUCCAGGCUGGCCGGACAUCUACCCCCACAACGUGGACUGCACCAUCAUCCUGCAAGCACCACAGAACAACUCCAUCUCACUGUUCUUUAACAGUUUUGAUGUUGAGAGCCACAGCAACUGUGGAUUUGACUUUCUGGAGAUCCGUAACGGCAGUACAGCAGACUCGCCACUGAUUGGUCGGUUCUGUGGCAGCACCCUGCCCAGCCCCAUCUUUCCACAGUCAAAUCUGCUCUACUUGCGCUUCAAGAGUGACUUCUCCAGCGCACGAGAUGGCUUUGAGGUCACAUGGACAUCCUCGCCUCACGGUUGUGGUGGUAAUCUGUCUGGAGACCACGGCUCAUUCGCAAGUCCUAAUUACCCUGGCACCUAUCCAAACAAUACCCACUGUGAAUGGAGUAUUAAGGCAUCCAGAGGACGUGUGGUGACGAUCAUCUUUGCCCAGAUCAGUAUUGAUGACAUUGGAAAUUGCCAGAGUAACUUCUUGAAGUUGUAUGAUGGACCAGACACCUCCUCGCUGCCUGUUGGACCUUACUGUGGAGUGGAAACCAACAUCGCACCAUUCACAGCCUCCUCCCAUCAAGUCUACAUCGUUUUCCAAGCCGAGUAUUCCACUCUGCCUUCAGGGUUCAAACUCACUUGGAGCAGCUGAGAGAGUUCCCUUCCACACACACACAGACACAGACACAGACACAGAGACACACGAUGAACUAAUCAUACUGUGCAUUUAUCUUUGACCAA